AUGGCAAUGAAAUACAUCCUGUUUUUGGCUGCUGCUUCUGGGUUCCUGCCUGUUUUGACUUUAAGAUACAAAGCAGCUAGAGCCCGAUUUAAAAGCCUUUUGACUGAAUCACCAAUUAUCCAAGAACAGAUCGUGAAUCUGCACAACAAGAUAAGGAGAGAAGUAGUUCCUUCAGCCAGCAACAUGGUGAAGAUGAGUUGGGGUGAAGAGCCUGCAAAAAAUGCCAGAACUGUGUCUAAGUAUUGUGAUACUGUAGAAAGUGAUGUGGUUGACAGGAGACUUGCAAAUACCUUUUGUGGAGAAAAUAUUCAUCUGGCACCUUUUCCUUACUCAUGGUCCCACGUAAUUGAAAUCUGGUACAAUGAGUCUAAAAAUUUCAAAUAUGGAGAAUAUAUAUCACAAGAUGAAGUAGUAACUCGGCAUUACACUCAGCUUGUUUGGGCCACUUCUUACCUCAUUGGCUGUGGUGUUGCAGUGUGCCGACAACAAAGGAUAUAUCACUAUCUCUACAUCUGUCACUAUUGCCAUGAGGGAAACGAUCCUGAGACAAUUUAUUUGCCUUAUAAGGAGGGCCCCCCUUGUGGAGACUGUCCAAAUCACUGUGAUGAUAAACUUUGUACUAACCCAUGUCUCUUCUUUGAUGAACGCACCAACUGUGAGACACAAAUAAAGUAUCUUGGAUGCAGCCACCCAUCAGUUCAAUUAUUCUGCAAAGCUUCUUGUAACUGUGACACUGAGAUAAAAUAA